AUGAAGAGACUAGCAGCUCGCCGCUAUGCUGGCUUGCUAAUUCUCUCCCCCCCAGCUGCAGCCGAUCCCGAUAGCCAGCCUGCAGAUUGCAGUCAGCCUGAGGCAGGAGAGAACGGUGCCCUGGAGGACAUGGAAGAGGACAUCAGUAUGAAGAAGCGCAAAGGGGAUCACCAUGCAGAGAAAGAGCUCCAGACCGGGCAGGAAGCUGGAGAAAAGGUCAAGAGGAAGCGAGGACGUCCACCAGCUGAGAAACUACCUCCUAAUCCCCCUGAACUCACCCGACAGCUGAACACACUGGUGGACAUGGUCAUCAACUAUAAGGACGGGUUGGGUCGGCAGAUCAGUAAAGGCUUCGUGCAGCUUCCAUCAAAGAAGGAAGUACCUGAGUACUAUGAGUUGAUCCGAAAGCCUGUGGACUUCAGACGGAUCAGGGAGCGUGUGCGUAAUCACAAGUACAGGAGUGUGCAGGAUCUGGAAAAGGAUAUUAUCCUCCUGUGUCACAACGCUCAGACUUUUAACCUGGAGGGAUCUCAGAUCUAUGAAGAUUCAAUUGUCAUUAAGUCCGUUUUUGAGAGUGCGAGACAGAGAAUUGUCACAGACGAAGAACAAAAAGGAACAGUUGCUGCCAGUCACAGUGAUAACGGUGGGGGGGCUGAAGACCAAUUUGUUCCACAAGCAGUGAAACCAUCGCCAAUACAGCUGAAGCAAGGGAAUAAGGAAGAGAGAAGCAGAAACACCAUGGUCAAGAGGCUCCACAGUGAUUUAGACAGUGAUGAGGACCUAGAGGAUAACACUACAAAGGAUGAAGGUUGAAUUGGAGGGUCCUUCAGUUUUCAUAUAAUUCUUUAUAUCUGUUCUUUGCCACAUCCCUUUUCAUUAGCAGUUUAUUCAUUUUAAAACCAUAAGAAAGGUCUUUGGAAACUUAAUGGGAAGGGCUACUCAAUGAGAGGUACUUAUGGAACAAUGCUUUCUUUCAGAUGAUUCAUGCCACUCGUACAAGCUCUCUCAUCUCUUGCUGCACACAGUGCUGUUCUUUUAAAUAAGUUGGUCUUUUACGGUAUCUAUUGUUUCCAAUUUAUCUGCCUUAGUCCCUGUGAUUGCUUCAGUAGAUAUUAUGUCCAAUCCAGUUUCACUGACUGUUUUUAAUCAAUAUAUUUGAUUGUAUUUAAUGCCUUCAUAUGUCUUGGAGCAUGAUGAUUUAUCUCUCCUGAAGCUGGCUCUUACAGAGCAGCACGUGCUGAUGACAAUGUUUAUGUGUUCAGGGCUGGAGAAUUGAAGCACACAGGAAGGUCAUUUCUAAAGAAUACUAGUGUGACGAGCACUCCAAGUUUGUUUUAAAUAUUAGAAUGUGUUUUUAACAAUAUCAUUGUGGAAGUCUUGAUUAAUCAGAAGGACUUGACAAAAACUAGUGCUGAUAGUAUGCCCUUUGUCAGGCCAUGCUGAUACUUGAUGGAAUGAGUUUGCACCGACUCAAGGGGACUCAAGUUGAACAUUUGUAUCACUUGUGCUACGGUAUAUUCUCAUAUUAUACAGUUUGUGUGGAAAGUCCCAGAUAAUUAAAAACUAGACUGCUUUUCAAUGACUCUCCUGGUUGUUGGGGAGGAUGGAACACAUCAUUGUUAAGACAAUCCCUGGCAAGUG